AUGGUUCCCCGACGCUCAUCCCGCACCCAGGGAUCCGGCUCCACAGCGGGGUCCGUGGGGCCAUCAUCGCCCCCCUCUGACACCUCGGAUCUCGCCAGCGGUGAUGACUCUGGCAGCGACUUUGAGGCCACGCUCCGGCCAUGCGGCAAACGGGGACCCCAGCGGUUGCCGAACCACGGCCACGUCAGGAAGUGUCCCCGGAUGACAGAGCCAAACGGAGACUGCAGCAGCACAUCCACGGUCAACCCGGAGCCAAACACCCUCUUUGAAGCUGUUAAAUCAGCCAAAAUCGCCGUGGAGACAGUGGUGGAUGACUGGUUGGAGACCUACAAGCGAGACCGUGAGACAGGGUUCUUGGAGCUCAUCAACUUUAUCGUCUGCUCCUGCGGUUGCAAAGGUGUGGUGACACCAAAAAUGUUCAGGGACCUGCAGAACUCGGAGAUCAUCCAGCAGCUGACAGAGCAGUUCAAGGAGGAUUCGCCGGAGUAUCCCCUUUCGCUCAACACCCGACCCUGGCGCCGUUUCCGGGCUGGGUUUUGCGAGUGGUUGACAGUGGUGGUGCAGCGAUGCCAAUACAGUGUCAUCUAUGACGAAUUCCUGAUGGGUUCCCUCAUCUCCUUCCUCAUCAGCCUCUCUGAUUCCCAAGUACGGGCUUUCCGCCACACCAGCACCCUGGCAGUCAUGAAGUUGAUGUCGGCGCUGGUCGAGGUGGCGCUGGGCGUGAGCGUGCAGCAGGAGAACAGCCUUCGGCAAUACGAGGCCGAGCGGAGCAAAGGGCCCGGCCGCCGCGCCACCGAGAAGCUGGAGGCAUUGACAGUGAAACGCCGGGAGCUCAGAGAGCAGCAGGAGGAGCUCGAGAACAUGAUGAACGCCAUCUUCAAGGGCGUCUUCGUGCAUCGCUACAGGGACGUGGUGCCGGACAUCCGAGCCAUCUGCAUGGAGGAGUUGGGGACGUGGAUGAAGACCUACACGGCUUCCUUCCUCACCGACAGCUACCUCAAGUACAUCGGGUGGACCUUGUAUGACAAGCAGCGGGAGGUGCGCCUGCAGUGCGUGAAGGCAUUGCAGGGGCUCUAUGGCCACCGGGACACAGCUGCCCGCAUGGAGCUCUUCACCAGGCGCUUCAAGACCCGCAUGGUGGCCAUGGUGCUUGACAAGGAGCCCAGCGUGGCUGUGGAGGUGGUGAAGCUGUUGACGCUGAUGCUGGAGAACAUGGAGGAGGCGCUGACGGAUGAGGACUGCCAGAGCGUCUACCCCGUCGUCUUCGUAUCCAACCGGCCUCUGGCCGCUGCCGCUGGGAUUUUCCUCUACCGCCGGCUGCUGGACCCCCAGCAAGGUGCGGGCAUGGACGCACCUCAUGACAGGGACAACAGGACCUUCUUUCGGCUCCUUCUGACCUUCUUCAUCGAGAUCGAGCUCCAUGAGCACACAGCCUACUUGGUGGACAGCCUGUGGGACUGCGCCGGGCCGCAGCUGCGGGACUGGGAGACCAUCAGCGCCUUGCUGUUGGAGGAGUCGCCUGCUGAGGGUCUGGGAGACCAGCAGGAGAAGGCGCUGGUGGACAUCCUGGCAGCCAGCGUGGUCCAGGCGGCUGAGGGGCAACCCCCUGUGGGCCGUGAGCCAGCCAAGAAGACUUCAUCCCGAGAGCGGAAGGCACAGACGGAGGAAAGAAUCCGCCUUACCCACUGCCUUAUCCCGGCUCUUCCCAAGCUGCUGGGCAAGUUCUCGGCAGAUGCUGAGAAGGCGGCUCCGCUCCUGGAGGUCUUGCGCUGCUUCGAUCUCAGCAUCUACUGCACCGGGCGGCUGGAGAAGCACCUGGAGCUGGUGCUGGAGCAGCUGGAGGAGGUGGUGCAGAAACACACGGAGCAGACGGUGCUGGAAGCUGCAUCCCGCGCGCUCCACGCGCUCUGUGACCCUGAGCUGGCCCUGCAGCGGCAUGGGGACCGGGUACGGAGCCGCCUGGCUGACCAGCUGGCUGACAAGUGCAACCAGGAGAUCACCGAGAUGCUCCAGGCCUCGUCCCUGGACGAGGAGGAAGUGUACAGCAUGGCGGCCACACUGAAGAGGAUCUCCAUCCUGUUCAACGCCCAUGACCUGACGCCCUGGCAGCUCUUUGAUCCCUGCGCCCAGCUCCUGCAGCAUGCCAUGGACACAGGCGAGGUGCCACCGCAGGUCCUUGUCCCCACCAUCACCUCCCUCUAUUUCCACAUCCUCUGGGAGUUCUCGCGCUUGCCCAGCACCGAUGUCCCUGAGGAGCAGCUACAGAGCCUGAAGACCAGAGUCAUCACCUUCUACUCUCUGUGCCACAGCUGCCUGUCCGACAUGGACGCUGGCGUCCGGGAACAGGCCUUCAGAGUGCUCAGCGACCUGCUGCUGGUGUUGGGGCCACAGCUGCCACAGGACGGGCGAGAGGAGCUGGCUCCGCUGGUGCUAUGUCCCGAUGCUGAGCUGCAAUCCCAACUGGCCGCCUUCCUCAUGGACCACGUCUUCUACCCUGCCUGUAGCCACGAGGAGGUCCCGGCCACCGAGGACAGCGAGAGCCGCAUCGAGGAGCUGCACCGGCGCCGGGUGCUUCUGGCCGGCUUCUGCAAACUCAUCAUCUACGGCGUCUUGGAGCUCAGCGCCGCUUCUGACGUCUUCAAGCACUACACCAAGUUUUACAGCGAUUAUGGGGACAUCAUCAAAGAAACGCUCACCUUGACGCGGCAGAUCGACCGGCAGGAGUGGGCUCACACCCUGCUCCUCAGCUUGCAGCAGCUGAUGACUGAGCUGCUGCACCAAGAAGGUCCCGACAUCCGGAUGACAGAAACUUUCCCAGAAAUCCGGGACUUGGCACGAAGGUUUUCCCUGUUCUUCAGCCUCCACCAGCUCCAAAGCCGCCCACUGCUGCUCCACAUCCACAGGGAAGGGAUCCUGUUCGCUUUCCAGAAGACCCCGGGCUCGGAACCGGGAUUGCCAGCCCUCAAUUUACCCUUCCUGGAGGUGCUGAGCGAGUUUUCGCCCUGGGUGCUGCGCCCGGAUAAAGCUUUGCUCUUAACCUACCUGGACAAGAUGUCCCGGGAGCACCUCGGGGUGCUGGCACCAGGUGACACGGGGCAGUGGCCGUCCCUUGUCACCUACCGCAACUCGCUCCAGCCACAGGAUGAGGGGGGGACCGGGGAGGGCAGCCGUGGCGCAGCGCCCACCCCACAGCCCACCAAGAGACCCCGCCUGGAGGCCCCCCCGCAGCCCCCCGACUCCAGCCCAUGGCCGAGCAGCCGCCCCCCCAGCUUGGCCUUGACCUCCACCAUGUUACGGGGUGACCCCCGGCCCCCCCGGCUCUCCCCCAGCCAUUCCUCCCCAGCUCCAUCCUCUCUUCACCACAGCAGCAGCUCCAUGACCAUGGGGAGCAGUGGGGUGACCCCGUGCGUGAGGGAGGGGUACGGGUGGGGGCCACUGGGGGGCAGGAUUGAGGGGCUUGGGGGGCUCAGGGUGGGCAUUGGGGGGAACAGGGCUGUUGGUUGA